ACUGCGAGCUUAACACUUUACCCGUCUGGUGACAACGAGGGCGGCUGCGGCUGCUGCAGUGAGGCGGAGAGGCUGAGCGGGGCAGCACACGUGCGUCGACACCACGGACACGUUUGUCAAACGCGGACGCGGGGCUACUCCUUGACGGUUUUUCCAGUUUGAUGUGACUUUGCUGCUGGAGCGUGGACCAUGGGGGCCUCCCCGCCCGCCCCGCCCGAGGGCGGCUACGGCUGGGUCAUCGUGGGCUGCUACGUCGCCAACAUGGCGUGCGCCAUCCAGCUUGUCCAGAUGAUGGGGCUGGUCCUGAAGGACGUCUUCAAGUCCCUCGACAUCUCUGACAGCGAGGGCACCACCAUCAUCACCCUCUGCCAGGCGGUCAGCUUCGUCCUCGGGGUGGUGGCCGGGCCGAUCAUCCGCCGGUGGGGCUUCCGCUGGGCGGCGGCCGGGGGCGCGCUGCUGGCCGCUGCCGGGCUCGCGCUCUCCUCCACGGCCAGGACCUUCAUCGAGUUCACCCUGUACUUCAGCCUGCUCAUGGCGUCCGGGCUGAGCCUGAGCUACCCGGCGUACAUCGUGGCGCUCAACACGUACUUCCGGUCGCGGCGCACGCUCGCCACGGCCGUGGCCAUGGCGCUGACGGGCGCUGCCGCCAUCCUCACGCCGCAGGUCAUCAGCGCCGCCUCCGGCCACUUCGGCCCCAGCGGCGCCAUGCUCGCGCUCGGCGGCGUCCUGCUGCAGUCGCUGGUCGGCGCCGUGCUGCUCCGGCCCCUGCCCGCGGCGCGCCCGCCCCCACCCACGACGGCGACCCCCGCCGCGGAGGCGGAGACGCCCAUGCUCAAGACCGACCUCACCCAAGGCGAGAAGGCUGAAAGUUCGCCCCCAGUUCGCGUGUACGGUGCGCUGCGCUCCGUGGUGGCCUUCUUCGACUUGGAGCUGCUGCGCAGCCCGUCGUUCGCCUGCCUGCUGGUGGGCACCUCGCUGGGGCUGUUCGCCGACAUCAACUUCGUCCAGUUCCUGCCCUUCGUGCUGGGCCGGCGCGGAUUCUCGACGCGUGAGGCGGCCGACAUCAUGUCCGUGUUCGGCGUGACGGACACGCUGUGCCGGCUGAGCGCGCCGCUGCUGCACCGCGCCUGCGGCCGCUCCAGCCGCUUCAUGUACGCCGCCACGCUGGGCGUGUUCGCGGCCACCAGGACGGGUGAGUGGUCCGCGACAAAAGGGUACUUCAUUUAAAAGUUAAAAUGAAAAUAAGUCGGGUGAAAAUCAA